AUGGGGGUUUUGGUUUUGAGACUUAUCUUAAUAUACUCAUUCUUUAGCACACUAGUCUACUGUGGGAGCUCAUUGCCAGGAAAUGAGACAGAUAGGUUGGCAUUGCAAGCCAUGAAAGCUCAAAUACUGCAAGACCCCCAUAGGGUCUUGAGCUCAUGGAAAGACUUCAUUCACUUUUGCCUAUGGCAGGGUGUCAACUGCAGUCUACAGCAUCAUCAGAGGGUCAUUCGGCUAGAUCUACAGUCUCAAAAUUUAGUGGGAACCAUAUCCCCACACAUAGGCAAUCUAAGCUUCUUAAGGGAACUACAUCUCCAAAACAACAGCUUCAGUCAUGAAAUCCCUCCGGAAAUCGGGCAUUUACGCAGAUUGCAGGUACUUCGUCUAGACCAUAACUCACUUAGUGGCUCUCUUCCUGUCAAUGUUUCUAAUUGCCUCAGCCUCAUCAAUCUUAAUGUUGGCUACAACAACUUGGUGGGUAAAAUAUCGCCAGAAAUCAGCACCUUGUCGAAGCUUCAAAGCCUUGUUCUGCAAGCUAAUAACUUAACAGGAGAAAUCCCUCCUUCCCUUGGUAAUCUUUCAUAUCUGAUGAUACUUGGUGCAAAUGAUAACAACUUGAAAGGAAGCAUUCCUAGUUCUUUAGGUCAAUUGAGAAAUUUAACUAAUAUUUCAUUGGCCUCAAAUACGUUGUCUGGUAGUGUCCCUCCCUCCAUCUACAACCUCUCUGCUCUCAUUGCUUUUUCCUUGUCACAAAACCAAAUUCAAGGGAGCAUUCUCUCCGACUUAGGAAACACUCUUCCUAAUCUCCAAUACUUUCACAUUUAUGGGAACCAAUUUACUGGGUCCAUUCCUAUGUCAAUAUCCAAUGCCACAAGUCUAGUGGAAUUGGAUAUUUCAGAGAACAAACUAACUGGGCAGGUGCCAAAUUUGCAGAACCUGGUUAACUUAGAAUUAUUGAGCAUGGGGAAUAACAACUUCAAAGGCCAUAUCCCCAACGACAUUGUGAAACUUUCAAGGCUUAGGAGAUUGAGUCUUCAAAACAAUGCAUUAUCAGGAGAACUUCCCACUAGCCUUGGUAGCUGUUUGAGCUUAGAAGUCCUACACUUGCAAGGCAACUUGUUCAAGGGGCCUAUUCCUUCUUCUAUGAUUUCACUGAAACGGAUUCGAGAUUUGGAUCUUUCUUGCAACAAUCUGUGGGGUGAAAUUCCACGAUUUUUACAGGGGUUUUCGUUCUUGAAAAAUCUGAACCUAUCUUACAAUGAAUUUCGGGGAGCUGUACCAGUUGAAGGUGUUUUUAACACUCUUAGUGCGACUUCAAUUGUUGGAAACACCAGGCUCUGCGGCGGCAUUGCUGAGCUUCAGCUGCCCAAAUGCAAACAUUUUAAGGAGUCCAAGGAGUCUAAGGAGUCCAAGGAGUCCAAGGGUGGAGGAUUGUCUCAUAGCUUCAUUUUAGUAAUCUCUCUAUCCGGGUUUCUAGGAAUAGCUAUCCUGCUGUCUCUUAUAUUUCUUCAUCGGCUAAGAAAGAAGAAAAGCAAAGAAACUGAAAUGACAAGUUUGGAAAACUCUAUAUUGCAAUUGUCAUACUCUGCUCUCCUAAAAGCAACUGAUGGGUUCUCUUCCAUUAAUUUGAUUGGUGUUGGAAGUUUUGGGUCUGUGUACAAAGGCCUACUUCUUGAUGAUGAUAGAGCUCAGCUUGUUGCAGUGAAAGUGCUCAACCUGUUACGCCGGGGAGCUUCUAAGAGUUUCAUAGCUGAAUGUGAGGCCUUGAGAAAUAUCAGGCAUCGAAAUCUUGUCAAGAUUUUAACUGUAUGUUCGAGUGUUGAUUUUCGUGGCAACGAUUUCAAGGCCCUGGUUUACGAGUUCAUGGACAAUGGGAGCUUAGAGGAGUGGUUGCAUCCAACUACUCCAACAGAGGAGGUAAGAGAUGCACCUAAGAACUUAAAUCUUGCUCAGAGGCUAGACAUUGCCAUUGAUGUUGCUUGUGCUCUGGAUUAUCUUCAUAACCAUUGUGGAACACCAAUAGUUCAUUGCGAUCUCAAGCCAAGCAAUGUUCUUUUGGACGACGGAUUGACCGGACAUGUAUCUGACUUCGGACUAGCAAGAUUUCUCCCUAAAGAAACUAGUAACGUUUCUGCAAAUCAAAUAAGUUCCACUGGCAUAAGAGGAUCAGUUGGUUAUGUAGCUCCAGAGUAUGGCAUGGGAAGUAAGGUGACGACAUAUGGGGAUGUCUACAGCUUUGGCAUUCUCUUGCUAGAGAUGUUUACAGGCAAGAGACCCACUGACCACAUGUUUAGUGAAGGCUUGAACCUUCAUAAUUUUGUCAAGGUGGCUUUUCCUGAGAGAGUUACAGAAAUUGCAGAUCCACUACUUCUUCAAGGAGAUCACACCGGAAGGAGAACCAAUGACACUCAAAAAAAGCUGAAGUGCUUGUGUUCGAUCUUUCAAAUUGGAAUUGCUUGUUCUGUUGAAUCCCCAAGAGACCGAAAGGGUAUUAGUCAUGUUGCCUCUGAAUUGCAAUCCCUUAGGGACAUUCUUCUUAGGUAGGCCUGUAAACUUUCCCUGCUCUCUUGUGAAGGCUUUAGAGGUUAUCUAAAUCUCAUACAUCAAGAAAAGAAUCUAUGGUGACAAAUAGUGCUUUGACUUACAGAAUGGUGAUCUCAUGUUCGAAUCCAUGUGUCACCUCGCUUGUAUUUAAAAAGUAAUAAUC